GAGAGCAGGCGUCUGGAGGCCGUGGGACAGUCCAGCCUACAGUGGCGCUACGGGCGCCCCCCCUUGCCAUCGUGGUGCGGCCCACUCUGACUCCCAACCUCUCCUUACGUGCCCCAGGUGUGACCAGGUCCUUGGGAGGAUGGAGAGGACCUGUGAAGUGAAAUACAAAGUGAUGGACAGCCCUUUGGGGAAGAUUGAGCUCUCUGGUUGUGAGCAGGGUCUGCACGGGAUCAGACUGCGCUGCCAGAAGACCCCGGGCACUGAGACUAGCAGAGUCGAGGCCCUUGGCCACAUGGCGAGAAUGAGCUUCGGGCAGCCUUUGCGGUGCCCCGCGGAGGCCCCCACCAGUCCUGAGAUGCCCGGAGGCCCAGAGGGAAUGACGGAGCCCCUGACGCAGUGCGCGGCCUGGCUGGAGGCCUAUUUCCACAAGCCCGCAGUCCUGGAGGAGCUCCCGGUGCCGGCCCUUCACCAUCCCAUUUUCCAGCAAGAUUCCUUCACCAGGCAGGUGUUAUGGAAGCUGCUGGAGGCUGUGAAAUUCGGAGAAACGGUUUCUUACCAGCAAUUAGCAGCCCUGGCAGGCAAGCCCAAGGCCGCGCGGGCCGUGGGAGGAGCAAUGAGAAGCAAUCCUGUCGCCAUCCUGGUCCCAUGCCACCGCGUGGUCUGCAGCAGCGGGGCCAUGGGCAACUACUCGGGAGGCAUGGCCGUGAAGGAAUGGCUCCUGGCCCACGAGGGCAGCCUGGCGGGGAAGCCGGCCCGUGCAGGGCGCUCCCGCCCCGCCAGCACCUGGCGCGGGGCCCUGGGCGGCACUGCCAGCGCCCAGCCUGCUGGCCGAAAUUGAGCAUCUAUGUGGGGACAAGUUGACAUAUCCGUGUGGUGGCUGGCGGGAAGUGGGGGUGGGGGGCCCUUCCCUAUUAAAGGAGCUAGAGAGUC